UUAUUGUAUACGUGCCCGAUUCUCUGGACGGACUUUUAACUGCAAAAUCCGAUCGACAAGUCAAAUUGAUUAAACAGAUCAAGCAUCAUGAGUAGCGAUACAUCAUCAAUAUCUGAGCAUCAGGGUCGGGUGACUGAAGCUCAGCUCCGCAGUCGUAAUUUCCAACUUCGUGUCUCUACCCCGGACACCGAUAUCACUGAGCAUCCCCAACAGCCUGACAUCACCCUCUUCUGCGAAAAAUGUGGAUCAUUUAUUCUUCUUCGCCUGCUACAGGAGCAUCGCAAGUACCAUAGCGCCCUCCAUGUCUUAGAUUACAAGGAUGCAAAAGGUCCAGACAGUGUGGCCUCGUUGCUGAAGUGCAGACAAGCCGUCCUGGGUAAGAUGAAGAGCAGAGCUAAGGAUGGUAAACCACUGUCUAUGUCCCUCAUGCAGAAGAUCAACGAUGCCUACGAACUUCUUAAGUCAUACAUGGAGGAGACUUAUGAAGAUCUAAUCCAGACACGAGAGAUGGUUUUCCCAGAGUGUCGAGGGUUAGCUUUGAACUGCAGCGCCAAGUGUGCCAGGGCCGUUGGUAUAUGUUCCCAUGACAACCAGCGAUGGAAAAACAAAAUGGAGGACACUAGAGUGUUUCAGGACUUCUUCGGUAAUGACAAGGAUAAGUGUUUCUUUGCCAUAUAUGAUGGCCACAAUGGGCGCUUUGCGGGCGAUGUAGCUGCAAAUGACUUUCAUCACUUCCUUCUCAACGAGAUGACGAAAUUUGAUCCGGCGACUUCCUGUACAUGCACCCUGAACCUCGCUGAACAUAAUGAUCUCCUUGGCUAUAAUCUAGAUCGGCCGCGACCCGUCAUUCGCAAGAAUAGCAUUCGACAUAUUCUCCAUGAGGAAAGUCAAAACAUUAUACAACAGAUCAUGCAUACCUGUCAAGAGAACAUGACAAAGCUAGAUCUUAAAACAACCCAGCAACAAUUGAAGAAAGAGACCAAGUCAAAAGUUAUAAACAAACGCGAGAAUGAUCCGUUUGCUGAGAAGAUGGAGAUCGCUUUGAAGAACUCUUACCAGCUUGUAGAUUAUAUUCUGUCAUACGGGAUUGAUGAGCAGUCGCGUGUGCGUUGGAGCGGAUGCUCUGCAGUGACUUGCGUCAUCCAGAGGACCGGAGAGAUGGAGGAGGAUGGGAAAGAUGAGGAUUAUGAGAAAGAUGAGGAGGAGGAGGAGGAGGGGGGUGAUGGGGAGGAGCAGCCAAGGGAGCUUGGGGUGCUGUAUGUUGCUAAUGCAGGAAACACCCAUGCUGUUCUCUGCCAGAACGGCAAAGCUAUCAGACUAACAAGGAAUCACACCCCACAAUCUUGUCAUGAACGAGCGCGGGUUUUAAGAGCCGGUAGCUCAGUCAAAGAGGGUGCUCACGGUGGCCGUGUCAACGGAGUGCUUGAUACAACAAGAGGACUGGGUAACCAUGGUGAUCCGCUGCUCAAAUCUGCCGUCCUGGCCGAGCCGCACACGCUCAGUAUCACUCUCGACAGCCAAUCAGAGUUCCUCAUACUGGCAUCCAAUGGAUUGUGGGAGGUUCUGUCUGAGAAGGAGGCCAUCUCAUUGGUCAAGCAGUUGAUGCCAGGUCAACAGGUUCAUCAAAUGCAACGACUGGUGAGUGACUCCUCUCUAAGGGACCUCUAUGGAGUAGCAGAGUUGAAUCUAGUGCCCUCUGUUGGCACUGAUAAUCAAGAUCAGGAAGCACUCUCGGAAGGUGGUAGAGAAACUAAUAAUGAGAAUGGUGUUCACUCCCAUCCAACUGAAGGCAAAUCACCCUCUAGAAACCAGGAAGACGGCCAUAGACAAAUCAAGUCUGCAAAUGGAUUGAUUGAUUCAGACUUGAAGCCAAGUCUCCCAUUGCCAACUCAACAAACAUCAGCGAGUGCGCCACCAUUCAUUGACGGCAGUGUAACUGAAGGUGAUGCUCACGAUGGUACCCCAAAUACUCUCCCUUCUCCAAGAUUCACCAGCAUCAAUCACCCAAGAGAGGAUGAUGGCUCAAGUGACCAGACAGAGUUUGAGAGUAUGAUAUCAGCGUUGAUGGAGAAUGAUGACGGGAAUGAUGCGGAUAUUGAGACCUUGACGGAACUCCACACAAUCUACGCUCAGUCCAGGCUUCAGGAGGUCGAACAAGGCAACCCAACAAAGCUAGAGAUGUAUAGGAAUCUUGCUCAACAGAUGAGCGAGAGACUUGUACAGAGUGCUCUAUUGGCUGGCUCUAGGGAUAAUGUCACUGUGUUGAUCGUUCUUCUACCUGGCUGUAAAUUAUAACUGUUAACAGAGCUGUUUGACUUGCCAAGAAGUCAUACUGUGAUGUAUAUAAGAAGAAUUUUGAAUGACAGACACUGGAAGUGAACGUUAGUUUGAACUAUGAAGUGAUAAAUGAUUUGAACCAACUAUUUGGUCAGGUACCAAGAAGACUAUUUGACAAAUGAUAUAAAGGGACCAACUGACCAGUCAAAGGAAAUAAAGUUGCUAGAAAGGGAAAUAAAUUCAUUUCAGAAAGUAUUUUAAGGUUACCAGUAUGACGAGUAAUGACUUCAUACAAUCGUUUCAGAGUUACAAGAUCGCUGUGAUCUACUGUAAUAACAUCUGAACAACAGUAAAUUCCUCAGGAAUGUUGUUCUACGAGGACAGCAAAACAAACGAAACACAAAGUGAGAUUCAAGACUUCAGAAAGUAUUCUUUAUAAGCAGAGCCUCUUUGUUUAUUACAGCGUUCUUUAUCAAUGAGGGUUCUGGGACUGGCCAGUGGCCAAACAUCUCUUUAUAACUGAAUGCCGACAUUUUUAAAGCCCUAUUCUCUGGUGAAGCUCCACUUUCAAAGUGCUGCGUAUGAACAGAAAGUAGCUAAGCAAAACAAAAUUACGCUUACCAGAAUAAGGACAACAUCCAAAAUAUGUCACGCACCAUUUGGAAGCCUGCUCAUUUCUGCUGGGUAGAAAAUUGUAGUUUUCUGCUUACUAUUGCAGCCCUAUGAAGUUGGCUCCUGGCAUGCCUGGGGCCAACUUCACAAACCACCAACAUUCCACUCAAGAUUCCUCUCAAGAAAAGUUGUCAGUAAUGAGACAGUAGUGUGUCAGUUGUGCGAUUGGCAGUGUGACAUCACACUUUGCUUAGUCAUUCAGAUUGAUAAAGGUCUUAAGAUCAAUCUUCUUUUUAGUGCUGUGUAAAAUGGGCCUUGGUCUUUGAAAAGAAACUUGAAUUUAAUGGUUAAAAGGAGAGAGUUUUAGGUCUUUAACUAAAUACUGAUUUCAGGCCAAAGACAACCAAUACAAACAAUACCACACCGAAGAUUUAAUAAUUAAUCAGUUUUUAAUACAAUACAGUUAUCAUUUUUAUUUUAAGUUCAAAGCUACAAUAUUAUUCCAACAUUAUGCAGUGUUUUUUUUAUUUUCAUACUUAAUAUCUAGCGAUUACUUGAAUAUAAUAAACCUGUACAUAUUACCAUUCACUUAGGAUACUGUCCAUAUUAUGGUAAUACCUAAAUCAGCCCAAAUAUUUCUCAUUUCUUCUUCUUUUUUAAACCAAGAGAUUACUCAAAUUGAUUUCUCAUCUUUGUGCUUAAACUUGAUGCGCAACGGUCAGCCAUCUUGGUCAAGUACCCAGUUUCCACAUAAGUGUAAAGGGGAUACUUCAGUCAACAAGCACCAUACAAUUUUGGGGUUACUUCCUCAUUAUGACUGACAAUGUUUUCUGUAUUGGACAGUUAUGGGCAAGUUCGAGUGGCGACCAUUUGUCACCGGUAGUCAAUGUUCCACGGUAACCUAUGCAUUCAAUACAUCAUGGGUACCUGGCAAAAUCCUCCAAUGGACGACUUUGGCCCCUUGCUCGAACUUGACCCAAGAUGGUACUAGUAUGCAAGAAGGUCUGUACAGAUCUAGUUAUCUACCAACCAUUGCAUUUAUACAGACAAACACCUUAUACAAUAAACGGAUGGGAAAAUGUAAAAUCAUACUUUUGUUAUAGUUUGGUAGAUUGAUUUUGUGACUAUUUAAUUCAUUAUUAGGGUCAAAUGGUAUAAACACGAAUUUGUAUUUUACUUAUAUACAUGUUGGUGAACAUUUCACAUAAAACAUGAUAAAGUAUUUAACAUUGUUAAUGUGUUAACAGAGUUCUAAAGCUUUCGGAAUUCAAUGUGGGGCAUGCGAAAUUAAUCAUGCGCCCAAUCACAAACUUAAAUAAAGUGUUAACUUUUAAGUGUUGGUCGUUUUGUCAGAUGUUAAUCUAAGCAGUUGGGAUUUUGAAAUAUCAAUUAAAAUACAUUAUAAAAUGUCCACAAACCGUAACUUGACUACAUGCAUUAUAAUAAAAAAUCCAACCCAGAUUUGUGAAGACAUUUAAAACAAACAAAAAAGGCAAACAUCAAAUUAAGACGAGGCGGUUCUUUGAUAAAAGUGUGCUCUCAAUGACCUUCGGUCAAACUUAUGGUUUAUUCCAAUUAAUAAACAAACGCCAGCAUAAGUAAAUGCUCUGAUAUUUCUUGUUUUCAAACAUGAAGUUCGCAUCCAAGAAAUGGGCAAGCAUUAAAUGCCAAGUGUGGACCGUGAGAACAAGAGGUCCACAUUAGGUAAUAAAAACAAUGUGGACUUACGCACGUGCACAGUGUUUUCUCAAGUGUUGAUGAAUAUAUUUUUAGAACAAAAUGUUCGCAGAGUUUAUAUAGCAUAGAGCUGGGUGUGUAGAAGGCAUGCACAUUAUAUUUUAACCCUCCUACUGAUUAACCAUUCACAUGAAUGUUUUAAAAAGAUAAACGCACUAAACCAGCCAGCAGUAGGAUACAGUGAAUGCACCUACAUGUACACGUUAUACAGAUAUACUUCUGUCAUUUUUUCCCUUCAAUUUUACAGUCUGCGCAGUUGGUCGACACAAAGAAAAAUUGACUGGAGUGGGAUUUGAACCAGUGAGCUCUGGAUUAACGGACCGGCACUAUACUAACUGAGCUAUCCAGCCCUAUUUGUUGGUGAUCUCCCAUAACUUGUAACCGAUAAACAUUGAUGUGUUUCUAGUGCGAAACAUCAAAACCAAUAAACUGCUGGUUGUUUUUUUCUCUUUAGGUUAAUCUAUAACUUGAUGGUACUGCCAACUAUUCAGCAUACAAAAAGAUACAGAAAAAAAGGUGCAAACUUGCCAGUGGUUAAUACAGACAGCGGUGUUACAAUGCAAAGCCUAACUUCCUGGCUUAAAUGUGGUGGGAAUAACGAGCUAGGGCUUGUGCCCAUGUAGCUGGUCCAUACAUGGUCAGUAGAAAAGUUUGAUUUAUUGUACUUGUUCAAAACGAUGCCUUGAGAAACGGUAGACGUGCGUAUUUGUAAUUGCAAUGAAAGAGGAAAUGGCCAACCACACUUUGUACAUUGUUUAUUUCUGGCACUAAUUUUAAAACAAAAAGAGGAAAUCAAAUCCCCCCCCCCUUUCUUAAUGAUCACAAUCAGCUGUUUCACUUGUCAUGGCCACAUUAUCGUACAAUUUAUUGCAUAUAAAACAAACCAAAAAUAACAAGAAAACUACCCAUCAAAUGAAUCAACCUUUGUUAAAUUAUCUACAUUAGCGAAAGUUUGCGUUUUGGAAACUUUAAUUGGAUGACCAAUACUUCAGGAAAAAAAAUCACUAAAUUUGAGCAUAGAAUGACAUUGAUAAUUAGACGGCUACACCUGAAAGGCUUAAAGGAAUUAACACUAUUUUGUUUAUUUAUUUUGCACAGGAUUACAAUGGUAGAGAAUACAAAUAUUAGUCAGAGCUUGUAAUAUAAAAAACACAUUCUCACAUGAUUAGCUUCUAGUAGAUACAUCAAAGUAAUGUUCCAGUGAAUGCUACUUUGUAGGUGCAUUAAAAAAAGGGGCUAGAGCCUGACAACAACCUACAAGCCAAUUUGAGUUUUGGUGGACAUAUUACAAUUUUAGUUUGGUUUGGGUAAAUCAGUUUGUAACCCAAACAAAAUGGUGUUCUUCUAAGGUGUUUGCCAUGUCUCAAGAAGGCUUACUGACCCAUUGUAUCUAGCCCAAGUAGAAUGUCACGUCUCCGACGGGCUACAAGGGCUACCCUUGUGCCAUCAUCACAUGCAGCUAGUGGCACACUCGCCAUUUUGGGAGUCAAUUCAUAAACUGGUAAAUGCUAUGCUCCUAAAAUGCGCAUUACACUUGAAACACACCGGGACAUUGACCAGCAAAAUAGCGCAACCAAGAUUCUUGUAGUGAAAAAAAAAGAAAAAAAAAAAAGAAAAAAAAA